AGUCCCGCAGAGGCCGCCGGAAGCGGUCCGUUCCAAUAAAGCGAUUCCCCGGCACCACUUCCGGAGCAGAGGUAACCACGCGAUGGCGGCGGCUUUGGCUCGCAUCGGACUGCGUCCGGUCAAGCUGGUUCGAGUUCAGUUCUGCCCGUUUGAGAACAACGUGGAGUCCACAAGGACCUUUCUCCAGGCGGUGAGCAGCGAGAAAGUCCGUGCCACAAACCUCAACUGUUCGGUGAUCGCCGACGUGAGGCACGACGGCUCCGAGCCCUGCGUGGACGUGUUGUUCGGAGAUGGGUAUCGGCUGAUUAUGCGCGGCGCAAACCUCACCGCUCAGGAAAUGUUUACUGCCUUGGCCUCCCACAUCCAGGCCAGAAACGCGGCGGCAGCGUCCGCAGCACCCAGCGCAGACAAGGCCGGCUCGGGGACUGGCACUCGGCGCUGACGUUGCCGAAGACUGCUGUCUAAGAAGAGCCGGGCGCAACCACUCAAAAGGUUACGUGGAGGUCACGAAACAGACUGACGUGCAAGGAAACCCUGACACUUGCCAGUGCUUUCGGGGCAGGAUAAGUAAGAAAGACUAGGUGAUAGGGGAUGGAGGGUCUGCACAAAUUUGGAUUUUCUUUCUCCUCUUCCCCCAUUGCUUAACCAUGUUUUGAAUUUGGCUUCAUCUCCCACCCAGGUAUCUUUUAAUUAAAUAUUUAUUGCCAGAUAAA